CUUCCAGCUGCUACUUACACCAGCUGUGCUCAUUCAUCAUGGAGAAGGUCCUUGCCUUUCUGCUUGUGACCCUCGCGGUAGCCUAUGCUGUUCCAGACCCCCGCGGAAUCAUUAUCAACCUGGAUGAGGGCGAGCUCUGCCUGAACAGUGCCCAGUGCAAGAGCAACUGCUGCCAGCAUGACACAAUCCUGAACCUGUCCCGCUGCGCGCUCAAGGCCAGAGAGAACAGCGAGUGUUCUGCCUCCACGCUCUAUGGGGUUUACUACAAGUGUCCCUGUGAACGGGGCCUGACCUGUGAGGGGGACAAGAGUCUCGUGGGCUCCAUCACCAACACCAACUUUGGUAUCUGCCAUGAUGUUGGACGCUCCAGUGACUGACAACACACACCAGCUGGAGCACCGAGGGACGCCCCUCCUUCCACCACUGCUCCCUGGCUGGCACCUCCGUCUUCUCAUUGGGUUCUUGGCAAUUAAAGCCCCUCUUGCAAACCUU